AUGUCUGAAUUCAAGGGGAAGAAUUUGGACCAGAUCGACAUAGAUCCUCAUGAGGAAUUGCAUGUGGACAAUGAAUCCGACAGUGAAGAUGAGGACGACACGACCGGGAAGAAUACAACACCUUCCACUUCACCUGCGCCUUCCUCCUCACAAUCAUCCGACUCGCACUUUAAGGUGAACAAGAAAUCAAGUAAUGCCAUUGGACAAAUUGGUGCUCGUCCAGCCCAAGGUGGAUUGGAGGAUGGUUUGGAAGAAAAGGAGCCGCUGCAGGAGGUCACAGCACGACCAAAAGCUAAAGGAAAGGUUGUUGUCAAAAAGAGGAAGUGGACUGAGGAAGAAAUCCAGGCUGUGGAGAAAACCCUCAUGGACUGCAUCAGGACCCUAAAGUUGGACCUACGCAGCCACAGUUGGACCUACGCAGCCACAGUUGGACCUACGCAGCCACAGUUGGACCUGCGCAGCCACAGUUGGACCUACGUGACAGUUGGACCUGCGCAGCCACAGUUGGACCUGCGCAGCCACAGUUGGACCUGCGCAGCCACAGUUGGACCUACACAGCCACAGUUGGACCUGCGCAGCCACAGUUGGACCUGCGCAGCCACAGUUGGACCUGCGCAGCCACAGUUGGACCUACGCAGCCACAGUUGGACCUACGUAACCACAGUUGGACCUACGCAGCCACAGUUGGACCUACGCAGCCACAGUUGGAACUACGCAGCCACAGUUGGACCUGCGCAGCCACAGUUGGACCUACGUGACAGUUGGACCUACGCAACCACAGUUGGACCUGCGCAGCCACAGUUGGACCUACGUGACAGUUGGACCUACACAGCCACAGUUGGACCUACGCAGUCACAGUUGGACCUACGCAGCCACAGUUGGACCUAG